AGUAGCUCAACGAAUGAUAAAUUGUUUUUUUGACAAGUGGCAUCAGCUGCAGUUGAACAUACAACAGCGAUUUGCGGAGAAAAAGCAUUAUUUAUAAAUUCGCGAGGGGUUAACUUACACUGAGCCAUGAUAAUUCCUAUAAAGCUCUAUUCAGGUGAUCGAGGUUACGUAUUACUAAGAAAUAGAAUUAUACGACGAUAAUCAUUUUGGAUGCUACAUUACUAUCGUUUAUCAUCUCAGCAGUUAAGAGGAACCGUACUUUCAACACAUGUCGAAAACGUGGUAAUAAACAUUUCUACCAAACAGCUGUUUUGUGGAUAUUUACCCGUGAAGGGUAAAAAUACAUGAAGAUGACACAUAUACAUCACAGUAUCAGCCGGAAGUGCUUGUAGGUGGAUAGAAGCUUGUAUAUAUAUUUACUUUCAAACGACAUUAUGUCAAUCCCGGUAAUUUCUGAAACUUUUAUCACAAAUGAAGUAUAGGAUAAACAGUGCAAGCUUAUGGAACUCGGUAUUACAUGUUCUGAAUUACCGACUGUGUAAAAAAUCAGAGGUUUUGUUCUGCCCUCUACGCCUAGAGAGCGGUCAAUAGAAAAACUACACAUGACACAAAAUGAUCGUAAUUGACCAAGUAAUAAAUAUGGUAAGCCUGCAUCAAACGUAUCCGUUACAAAUUACCAUAUUUCAAACUCUCAACGCGUGAAGUUACUCACUGUAGGUGAAACGCUACUUAGUUUUACAUAAAUGUCUACUAUUCCAAGAACUCCAUGCGAUAACAAGGAAGAGAAAGGAUUUCAAGACGGAGUCACAUUAUUUCAAGGUGGCUUCCCCCUUUUUGUGAAACAUAGCCGCACACAAUGCAUGGAAGGGGAUACGAUUGUGUGUCCACAAAAUACUCAUAUGAUUUCAAACGCGAACACAUUCAGGGAAUGUUCGAAAGUGCUUCAGUUUCCCGAAAUUUCGUUUCAUCCCCGUUGCGAUAAACAUUUGAGGUUUUUCCAGUGAAUUCUGUUCGUGAUCCGGUGGAUCGUAGUGGCAAAUAUGAUCUAUCGAUUGUUCCUGACUUUCAUGAUCUUCACUUAUGGAUUUUCCGUUGAAGAUGUCAUGCCAUUGAUCAACUGCUUGGAAACCCAUCCGAACGAAAUGUCACAUCUUUGUAUCAAUUACUUAUACGACAUUAAUCAUUAUGUUUCAAUAGUUUAUCCAGAAGUGAACGAAAACACUGUAGCAAACGUAAGCCUUCAUUGUACUGCUGCCAAUUUGAUGAUGAUCAAAUUCAAUUCUGGAAUGUAUAUAAUUGAACAAAAUGUAUCUGAAAACGUUUGGAGACUUGUAAAUGUGAUCAAUGGCAACAUGAUAAUGUUUACAAAUUUAACAGCGGGCACUAAUUACCGAUACCGCUUCUAUAAAUUAAUCAAGAAUGGAAUUUUGCGGGCAGAAACAACGGAUUCGUUUUCAACAUACGAAGUCGAUUAUGAACCGUUAGCGGUGCAAAAUAUAUCUUUGUUAAAACUAGAGGUGGAUGAGAAAAAUGGAGAUCAUUUACACGCCGAUAUUGCUUUUGAAGCAGCAACAGAUCGAAGUUGCGAUUAUUAUAUAUUACUUUGGAGUGAAGAACAUAAUUUAAAAGAUUAUGACUUGAGGAAGGUAAGAGUCUUUCAGUUCUCAAUAGGACAACUGGAAUUCAAUACAAAUAAUACUGUACACAUCUUAUCGGUUAACGAAGUUGGUGCAAAAAUGAGCCCCAGAACGGCUAUGGUUAUCUAUACGCCACCUUGUGUGGAUUAUUACAAUUUAACCAUUUGCGCUCCUGACAAUGUGAAAGGUUUACAAACUGAACACAUUUAUCGUUACGGAGAGUUCUACGAUCUUAAUAUCACUUGGGAUAAACCGAAUCUAGAACCGGACAAUUAUACAAUAGAAGUUCAAAGAAAGGAGGAAUAUGAUCUGUUAACUAAAAUUGUACCUGGCAAUAGAACUGAUGUUAUAUUUUCCAAUGUAAAACUUGAUUCCUAUUACGAAGUGAGCAUUUGCGCUGAGUCAUUAGGUGGAAUGAGCGGGAUAACGUCAAUCCUAAGACGUGUCGCCGUUGUAAACGAAUUCUCUAACAAGGUAAUGAUAGUGACGAUUGUGGUGAUCACGGGUGUUGUGCUGUUUAUUGGUGUAAUUUAUUUCCAAUGUUACAAACGUAGAAACAAACACUUUACCAUGGAAUGCACGCAUUUCGAGAUUUGGCAAAACAUGAUAGGCAUUGCCUUUACUCACGGAGAACCGUUCGGACGUGAUGUAAAUUCGUUUACAGACAGCGGCAUAGAUCAUUCUUCGAACAAUUCAGCUGGAAAUGGGCCCAAUUAUCAAAAUGUUAAUGUAAUUGUGAAUCGUCUGUACGAUAUCCAACAAGAUGUAGCACGAUGUACAGAAACCGUAUCUGCACUUGACUUAUUGAACUUUGCAAGGCAGAUCGUUACGGGAAUGGAAUUUCUAUCUUCCAGUCGAAUAAUACAUCGGGAUUUGGCUGCGCGCAACAUUUUAGUCUGUGCAGGCGCAAUUGUAAAAAUUUCUGACUUCGGCCUCAGUCGUGAUGUUUAUCAAGAAAAUUUGUAUAGAAAACAAGGGAAUGGGAAACUUCCCUUAAAAUGGAUGGCAAUUGAAGCUCUAACGCAUCAAAUUUAUACGACUCAAAGUGACGUAUGGUCUUUUGGUAUUUUACUGUGGGAAAUUGUUACAAUGGGCGCUCAUCCAUAUCCUGACGUUUCUAUGAAUGCGAUUUUGAAGUUUUUAAAAUCAGGCUAUAGAAUGGGACGGCCAUUCAAUUGCAGCGUUGAACUGUACGACAUUAUGCUCUCCUGUUGGAACGUAAUACCACAAAGUAGGCCCACGUUCACUCAACUGGGAGAACGUUUGGACACGCUGAUUUGCGAUCAAUCCGAUAACGAAUACUUGAUCAUAGAUAAGAUUUUGUGCGACGAUCAAGAUCAGUACCGGAUAAUCGAAGAAUAAACUCGCAAACUUGUGCAACAGUAAAAUCAUGAGAAAUCAUAGCAUGCGAGUUAAGUACAUAAUGCAUUAUUUAAACGACACGAAAAAAAGAAAAUGUAGAACAAGGUACAACCGUCCUCCAUGUCGACGGUUCGAAGUAUGUAUUACCAUGUGCAAAAUGAUUUAUUUUCUAAUUAUACGUACAAUAAUCUGUGGUAUAACUUCUUUCAUAUACAUAUGUGUGUAUAUACAAUAUCUUACUCUCGACCUUAACAUAUUGCGUACGGGUCACAAGAUAUCUCGUAUAUAGCAAACCGAACUUUGCGGCCGGGUUACAAAGUAAUCUCGUUUUGUUUUUUCAUGCGCGCGUAUCGCGACUCAAGAAAUUUGAAAUGAACUGUUUUUCCCGUUACGUUAGAAAAAAUAAUAAUUAAUCGAUUUAAUUUUAUUUGUAUAAUUAAUAAUACUUAAAAUGUGAAAGAAAGAAACAUAUAGUAAUAUUUAAGAAUACUUUACAAAUGUGAAUUCAAAAAGUGCCUAUAUGCAUUGCACAAAGUUUUUUUGGAACGCUCAGAAAUAUGCGGGCACUGAAAGCGCAUUAAGCGAGCAGAGUGCCGUACGCAAUGUGUUAAGAACGCAGGCGCAAAAUACAUAAAAAUAACUAAGGCUCUCCCGUGUUUCUUCGUAGUUACUUGUCUGUCAGUAACAAUAUUACACGCAGCAUGCACAAGCAUGCCAAUUCUCUUGUUUACUUCUUGUUUUCUCCUCAUUUACUCGAUGAUUAAUGAUCGUUCCUCUGAUCAUUGUGUUCAUUCAACCGAUCCAUUCAAGAGUCUCCUUUACAUUUUUGUUCCUAAAAUCGAUCGACGAGUCGAGCGCGUGCAAGCAAACGAAAAUUGUUUAGUGCAGUGCUGCAAGGGAAACGAAUGACUCUACGAGGAACUCGGUAGCUCGUCGGUCUUAUAAAUGUUGCAAAUAUAGAAGUUUCUGUCGGUUUAGAGGAACUGUAUCAUGUUUUGUUUGCUGUCGAUUGCUUCCAUGGAUGCCGAAGACGCCCGACUGGUCGAUCAGCAAGUAGCAAAAGUCUAUUACGAACGGUGGACAUUCCUAAAGCAAUUGAAGAGUAAUGCAACAUGCGGUAUUGUAUCGAAGCUGCACGGAUGUUCAAGACCGUUGAAUCGAUCGCCCUGUUAGAAUACUAGAAAUUGAUAUGAAAAGGAGAAUUCUUUUCUCCUUCCUACCCAAAGAACUCUAUCUAACCCCUAUUUAACUCUAAACCAAGGAACGCUAUGCGAUAAUAAUCGUUUUUCGAAUAUAAUAAUCGCCGAAAAGUUUUAGCGCUUUUUCGGUCUGAAGCGUAAAUUAAGAAUAGCGGUAAACAUAAUACAAAUAUAAUACAUAACAAUUUAAGAAAAAAACAAACAAGAAAGGAGCAAGAACACACGCUUCACGGAAACAAUGAGCAAAGUGUACGCUCGACUCUCCGGUUACGGUGAUCGUGUUCGUCUAAAGCUUCAUUUGCAAUCGUUUAUCUUGUUAGCAGGCAUUCUUGGUGUUUUUGUUUCUUUCAUAGAAAAUUUGUUAAAAAAUCAAUGGACAUGCGAACCACUAUGAAAAAGUAACAGUAUGCCGUAUGUAUACAAUAAAAUGGUUACCUCGAAUCCUUUCUAAGUAUAAAAUAAUGGAUCGUAUUUGUUCUUCUAUUUAUAUGAAUAGACUUAAAACGUUUCUCGAUAAGAAUUUCUCGAUGUGUUCGAAAUAAGCGAAUACAUUUUGCUGUACCGGAAAAUGCGAUUAUGUAGUUUGUAAAAGUUUGGAGGGAAUGUAAUAUGUACAUAAACGUUCCGUGUAAUGGCUACGAUAAUGUGAGAAAAGUAAAAUGGCGGUGAUAUAUACAGUUGUGAACAUUCAAAAUUUUGACUGAAUGAAUAUCGCGGUAGGUUGUAAAUAUCUAAACGUCUUUCAAGAAGUACUAAUCGCAUUUAGAUACAGCAACAAUGCUUCAAACAUUGCAUACGUUAGUUUUCCGUUCGAAAGGAAUGUGAAUCCUUCAACUCAUAUCUCCUUCAUAUCAGAAAAACAAUUCACGCACAUGGUUACCCAUUACAUUCUCAUCACGAUUAAUAUGCUAUCACAGAGAAAAUUGUUGCACUACAUAUGAAAGAUUCUGUUCUACGUAUUUUCCUUUUUUUUUGCUGGUCUUAAUUUUAAUUUUGUAAGGGGAUGUAAAAUCGUUUCUCCGAUCUUUAAAGAGUACAAGUUACUUAUUCUCAUUAGAAGUUUGAUAAACGAAUCUGUGCCUUAAUCUCUCAUACGAUACAGAUGAAUUCACUCGACAACGUAAGUUCGUUUUGAUGGUAAGCAAUAAAAAGUUGCGUCGGAAGAGUUGCUAAAUUACAAAAUAAGUGUCCGUUUACAAAAACCGUUGAAAAUCGACACAAGAGAUUUUUCUCGUUCAGAUGUGUAUUUUCCUAGAAAAAUUUGUUUAGUAAUAGACUUUCAUUGAAUACUAUCUUUUGCCACACAUUAACGCCGUAAAGAAUGACAUUACUUACAUGUAAUUUGCUUAUACAGCAUAAUAAAGAGUAUCAUUAUAUUUAUAUAUGUAUAUAUAUAUAUAUAUGUAUAUAUAUAUAUAUAUUCAUAAUAAUCUUAAUAUAAAUGUAAAUUUAACAAAAACAUUCGAUUGAUAAAUUCCUUAGUUUAAGGACCCGAAAAUCACAGGCAAUGUAGUCUUUACACCGGUAUGACAUACCGAUAGGAAUUUCAGGAUCGGCAUUUUUACCUGCCUCUUGUAUUUACUUGCGAUGCUACCUAUAUCAGAUAUUAUCGUUCCUGUUAAUUAAGCUAUCUUCUUUGUCCACUGGUGGUGGACCGGUGGUUAUAGUGGUACUUGGACCAGCCGUUAAAUAACCAGCAGACACCGGCGUUCCAGCUGUAUAUUAUAAUUUUACAUUGAAGUAUAUUGUCGUACACAUUAUUUAAGUUGUUAAUUACUUAAUGUUAGUUAAUAUAAAACAUUUGUAUAUCUUACCAGUAAGGUAACCAGAGUUAGUAGCAUUAGAAAUGAAUAGAUCAUGCCGUUGAUCUUUGUAUUCCGCCCAAACACUUGAUUUCUCUAGUAUAGCAUUGACUUUUUCCCCUAGCAACAAACUUCUAGUCAUAGCUUUCAAAGCUUUAACUAUUUGAGCUUUGGUUGUUGCAGGAUUUUCAAUAGCAUCUAAUCGUCCCUCUAGUAUGUUUAAUAAAUAGGGUACCAUUUCAGCAUCCAAAGCCUAAACAUUCAAAUUUAAAGAAAACAUAAUACAAUAUAAUACAGGCGAAAGUAUAAUGUAUAAACUUAAAAUAUUAAUUAUAGUGACACUAGUAGAAAAAUGCCAAUAAGAAUAGUAAUUUCUUAUGCAUAAUGUACUGAAUUUUUAACUCACUUGUUUUAUAAGUCUAUCUUCGUUAGUUGAGAAUAACCUAUUUAAUGUCUCGCAUGCUAUUGCUAUCAUAUCCCUCCUAGAUUGCAUCGCAUGUUUCAAUGGGCUUAUGCAUUCAGUUUGACAAAUGGAUGAUAUACAAAUCUAAAAGUUUAUGAUUUACACGAUCAUAUUUAUUUAAUAUUAAAAAAAAUUAUGUCACUCACUUCACUGGUCGCUAAUUGAUGAAGUAUUAAUAUCGCAGUUUUAUACACAGAUGGUUGAUUAUUUUGUAUUGCCAUUUGCCGACAAAGUCUAGGUAUAUGUCCUAACGAUGGAACUUGGUCGGCUAAAGUUGGUUGUGCUUGAAGUAAACAUACUAAUGCUUGUGUUGUUAAUUCCAACAUGUCCGACUAAUUAAAAGAAUAAUAUAUUUUUAAAAUAUUAGAUACUGUGAAAUACUGAUGAAAUUUCUUAUUUAUGAUUAGUUAAAUUUGAAUAUUACACUUACAUCAGGUUUUUCUUUGGACAUAAGUGUUAAUGUGGUAUCCAUAAGUUCGCUUAAAAAUUCUUUAGGUUUCCUAAGAGCCCAUGCAGGACUAGCUACAAAUAAUCUCAGAUAUACACCACCCACUACGGGCUCACUUGUUGCGAUAUCAAUAUUAUUCUGAGUAUCAGGUAACUUUAAUAUUGCAUUGGGAUUUCGCCUUUGCAAUGCAUAAUAUCUGUAAGAAAUUAUGUAUGGUACUGUAGUGACAGUUUCAUUUCAAAUUAAUAUGUUAAAACAGCAUUCACAUACUCCUCUUUUAAUUCGGCGACAAUCCUUGAGACUUUAGCUUUGGCAUUAUCAUCCCAAAUUAGUUCAGGAUUCUCAUGUUUCGUUUCAAACAUGUGCACGCAUUGUUUAGGAACAUCCCGAAUUGCUUCACUAAAUAAUCUAGGCAGAAAUUUGGAUAGAUCUAAUUUUACUUUCGGACCCGCCAACUUGUCGGACGACAUUUUACCAAGCAAUUCAGCAGCUGUUUCACGUAUUUGUGUGUUACUUGAAUUACAGAAUAAAUCAAGAAUAUAUACAACAGCACCUAAACAUUUAGAAAAAUAUUGUUUUCGGGAGAUUAUACGAAGAAAUAUGGAAUACAAAAUCUACUAUAUCACUAUUCACCUUUAGAUAGUGCAUCCUUUACAAUUUUUGUAGAACUCAUUAGGGCAUAUAAUGUUUCUAGUAUAAGAAGUUGACACUCCUUUAAGGUAUUUAAUGAUAAUAACAAAUAUACCAUAACUUCAUUUGCCGCAAUAUCAUCCACACACUCUUGAUUCCUUGUAACACUACUAAUCACCUCCAAAGCAUGCUUUUGAAUUAAUUUGAAAUUAUUACUAUUUAAAAGUCCAAAUAAUAAUCUGAAAUGCCCUAUGCAUUGUAAUUCUAUUCCUGGAUUAUUCUUGAUCACAUUUCUUAAGGCUUCUAGAGACAUGACAAUAUGUUUUAAUUUUCUUUGAUCUUUCUUAGCUAGUGCUACAUUUCCUAUUGAUGUCAAGUAUUCCCAUGAGUCCGACAAAAAGUCAAGUAAAUUUAUUGUAAAGCUUUUAGGAUUCUGCAAAAUAUUUGUGGUUCGUUAUUUUAUUAUUUCGAUAUUAUUUAGAACAAAAAAGAAUGUGUUACCUCUAUCGGAAAAACAGGCUGCUCAUUAUAUACUUUUACGAAAAUCUCCCCAAUAAUAAGUUCAUCUGCAUGAGAACUAUAUUUAAAAUCGCUAAAAUCAUGCUCAAAGGUUUCACUUCCAUUUAAUCUUUUUUGUCGUUUAGCUUCCAAAUAUUCGUUUAAUUCUGCUCUUGUUCCGUUGUCCCAAAUUAGAUAUGGAUUUGAACAAUUUGAAUUCAAAAUUUUCAAUAUUUCCUCCGGCUUGUUUUUUCCAAGUUGCCGUGCUAAGUAAGGUGUUAACAAACUUUCUAAAGCAGCUACCGUAACUGGAUUAACAGGUGUUUCAUUUUCUCCGGUCAUGUAACCGCCUAAUCUAGCACAAGCCCGUACAGCCAAUUUAGCUAAAUUAUUUGCCACUUCUUGACGAUUUUCGUCUUGAUUUCUCUCAACGCCACCUUCUUCCAGUGUAUAAUCGUAAUUAAACAUAAACAGCAAUAAAUGCCACAAAGCACCUGAUUGUAACAAUUGCAUUUGGAGUACACUGUCUGUAGCAAGAGAAGAGAUGCACUCUGUGGCCACUGAACAUAAUUUUGUUAAAUGCUGCACAAAACGAAAGUGUAAAAACAUCGAUACAACUAUUAAAUAAUUAUCUUCAAUCAUUGAAUUAAAAACUAAUACCAACCUUGAAAUGUAAUAUUCUACAAAUAUCUUUAACCAGUUGUGGCAAUUCAAUAAUUCUAUCUUUGCAACCCCUAAACGAGCCAGCGACCGCGAAACAUCUUGUUAUAUGCAUACAAACUUGUACUGCUAUAUCAUUAGGUUUGCUUGAUUUAUUUAAAACAGAAACACAUCGCGUAUAAGCUUCCAAUAAAACAUCUAAUCCCCCUUCUCUACGG